GGUGAUAUUGAGCAAGUAAGCAAUGAUAGAUACAAGAUCAAUGGCAAUACCCACCAAGUUAACAAUGUGUCCGUCCGAAUUAUUGAAUUACCAAUUCGCGUAUGGACUCAAAACUACAAAGAAUCGCUUGAGCUGUGGAUAUCCGGAAUAGAUAAAGUGCCAAGCUGGAUCCUCUACAAAGAAGACCAUACAACCACCACCGUAGAUUUUACGGUAAAACUAUCGCAAACAAGUCUAAGAGAUUCUUUAGAAGAAGAACUUGAGAAACGAUUCAAGAUGAGCACGACCAUCGGAACGUCGAACAUGGUGUGUUUCAAUGGCAAGGGUCGUAUUCGAAAAUAUAAUUCUCCCGAAGAAAUUCUUCAGGAAUUUUACACAUACAGGCUCGAAUACUAUGAGAAGAGGAAGGCUCACAUGAUAAAUAUACUUGAAGCCGAAGAGCAAAAAAUCUUGAAGAUGAAAGCCGUGAAAGAAAAAGAACUUAGAGAUUUUAGAAGGAAAACACCUCAACAGUUGUGGAUAGAGGAUUUAGAUUGUUUUAUUGAAUCUUGGGAUAAACGAUCAUUAUCUAUUGAUGAAUCAUCUGACGACAAAGUGGAAAAGAAACGACCAUUACUCAUUGGAUCGGUUGAUGACGCGAGAGAAAAGAGAAGAUCAUUUUCAAUUGAUGAAUCGUUUGAUAAUAAAGAUAUUCAUGAACUUAACGAAGAUAUUGAAGAAGUAAGUAAAGUUGCAUCAUUAAUUCAAAAAGAUAAUGAGAACCUUGAUAAAAGGAAGAAACGAG